ACCACAGAAGAAGAAAAGGGUCGAAUAGGAGGAGGAGGAGGUGAGAAAUCAAUGCAAGAUGCAGUCUGCAAACAUCUGCGGCAGGAUGGGUCGCAGUGAGGAGCUCAGUGACUUCCAGCGGGGCACUGUGGUGGGCUGUCACCUGUGUAAAAAGUCUGUCCGUGAGAUUUCCGCCCUGCUCAACCUUCCUCGGUCCACGGUGAGCGCUGUCAUCCUCAAGUGGAAACGUGGAGGAAUAACCACGGCUCUGCCCCGGAGCGGCCGCCCGCACAAGCUCAAAGAGGAGGACCGUCAAGUGCUGGAGAAAGUAGCGCUGGAGAACUGUCUGCCCUCCGUGGAGGCUCUCACCGCCGAGUUUCAGACCGCCUCCGGGGCCACCGUGAGCCCCAGGACUGUCCGCCGGGAGCUGCAUGAGAUGGGCUUCCGUGGCCGAGUGUCCACGUACAACAAGCCCAAAGCAGGGGAGAAAGCAGAGAAGAAGCAGGCAGCCACGAGCCAAGAGGAGGCCAAGGUGGACGUGUCUUGUCUGGACCUGCGUGUUGGACGUAUAAUCACAGCUCUGCAGCUUCCAGAGGCCGACAGUCUGUAUGUGGGGCAGGUCGAUGUUGGGGAGGCUUCUCCCAGGACGGUGGUCAGUGAGCUUGCGAAGUACAUACCUCCAGACCAGAUGCAGAACCGCAUGGCAGUCCUGCUGUGUAACCUGAAACCAGCCAAGACAAGAGGAGUUGUGUCGCAAGCUAUGAUCGUGUGCGCCAGCUCAGCAGACAGGGUUGAAAUCCUUGAACCUCCAAAUGGAGCAGCACCAGGGGACAGAGUUACUGUCCAGGGCUUCACAGGUGAACCAGACAAAGAGCUGAAUCCCAAAAACAAGGCGUGGGAGCAGAUUCAGCCAGACCUACGCACGGACAGCCAGUGUGUUGCAACCUACAAGGGCGCUGCCUUUGAAGUCGACGGGAAGGGAGUGUGCAAAGCCCAAACGAUGAGUGACAGUGAAAUCAAAUAAACUAACAGAGCUGCUUGAAAUAGCUCAGUGCAAUUCCCUGCUGCCAGACAGGAUCCAAAGUGUUGUGGAGAGCUUUCCCAGAAGAGAGGAGGCCGCUGUAGCAGCAUAUCAAUGCCCUCAGUUUUGGAACGACAUGUCCAACAAUCACAUGGGUGUUAUGUUUGAGUGUUCACAUACUUUUGUCCUGUGAGGAAGGACAGUGAUAGUGAAGAGUGUGUCGCCCUCUGUUGGACAGACAUUGAACAUUACUGUUAUGUUUUUAUUAUGAAAAUCUGAAGUUUGGUUUUCGGCCAAUAGAGGGCACUACAGUACCCAUUAUAAUGUACAGUAUGUGUGUGGUGAGUUUGUGAAAACAUAGAGCACACAGUCAUACCCAGCAUGGCGAAAACAAAACAGAAAUUCUUGCAAAGAAUCCCUCUUAGUCGGGGAAUAUCUGAUAAAAUGUAAAAGCUUUCCCCUGAUGCCACAGAGGUCAUUUCCACUGAACUGUGGAUGAAACUCAACGGGGCAGAAGUCCCUUUGAAAGGGAGUUAAACAGUUACACUUUCUUUUGAUAGUAUGGAAAUUAGUUGGAAAUGAGUAGGGAAAUUACUUUAGUUUUAUCUAAAUACGCUUUACAGGAACUGCAUAAGGGCAGUUCUUUGAGCUCCAUCACUUUAAGUCUGAUGUUGGCACAUGAUAGAAAAAGUUCAGUGUGUUAUAUUUCAGCACAAAUAAGCUGUGGGAAAUGGAGGCAUUUAUUUAAGGCUGGGCGACAUGGAGAAAAUCUAAUAUUACAAUAUUUUGACUAAAUACUUUGAUAAAGGUAUCGUGACAAUAUUGUAGGGUUGACUAUAGGUGUUUUUACAAAAUAUUUACACAGUGAGACUUUAGAUGAGUCACCAGUAAUGUGAAUAUAAUGACUAAGUGGGUAAAAGCCAGAGGUGUGGAGCUGAGUCACAUGACUUGAUUCAAAAAUUUGGUGACUUUAGAAAAAUACUUGCAAAUCAACUUAGACUUUAACACCAGUAACUUGGACUUGAGCUUCUCAUUUGAAAAUACACGAUACCUUCCCCCAAGCUAAGAGAUUAAAAAGUAUGCUAUUUAAAAAGUGCGCCACGAAUCAACUUAUUUCCUGAAGCAGCUAAUAUUGAGGCUACUCAUUCCCAGUAUGUUGACUCUUAAUUCUCCAGAUCUGCUUUGAACCAAUGUGACAUCACCCAAUCAAGUCGCAGGAGAGAACAUGAAGAACUAAUGGGACAGUUGGAAAAAAUUAGACCAGGUAUAAUUUCAUUUAUUUAUUUCAUUUAUGUAUGUAUUUCAUUUAUCUAUGCGGUAUGCAAAACGUGCAGGUUGAAAAUGAUGGAUGGAGAUGCAACAACCACAAAGUAAAAAACAAGUCAGUCUGCACACCACGUAGCUCCAGAAGGAUUUUAAUGCAGUGACAUUUCGAGCCACACAGCUUUUCCUCAGACUUCUGUCUAGUGUGGGGACAUAUAUGUUUUUUACUUUGCCAGACAUUUCUUUAGUCCAGGACCAAUUCCAUUGGACGUUGGGGUGUGCGUGUCUUAUGUAUGGUUUUUGAAGAUGCAACAACUUCCAAGAAACUUGUUUUAACAAAUAAGAGCAAGGUUUAAAAAGCAGUCAUGAUUUUUGAAAAUCUAUUAUUACUCUUGUUAAAAUGGCAUUACAUUUGGUGAGGAGCGCAUUAUGACAUGUUCAGGACUCGAAACUCAAUGUUUAGCACUUGGAACUUGACUUGGAACUUGUCAGUCUUGACUCGGGACUUGAGUACAAAAACUUGAGACUUACUUGUGAAAACAAUGACUUGGUCCCAACUCUACCAAAAGCAAACAAUAGAACAGCUAGAACGGUCUGGUAAGUUUUUUUUAAAACCAGGAAAAGAGAACAUUUACAAUGCCAUGAUAUAGUUGACAUCCACAUCCCUUUUCAAUAUGUAGUUACACAAUAAUCCCACUAAACUGAUGUGAAUCAAUGAUUUGGAUGUGAACGCAGAUGUUUGUUAUUAACUGUAUCCUCAGCCAUGAUGUUUUGUAUCUGUCCUGCUAUAGUGUACAUUGUUACUCAGCUCUUUAGAUAUUGUAACAGCUCAGUUAAACCUUAGCUUUUAUAUGUCCUGUUUCACGUUUGUGUCUAUUGAUAUUAAGCCCAUUUAUAAUGUAAAGGGCACAAAAAUAAACCAAUGUGUUUCAGUUUUUAAAACAAACUGUUUUUGGGUUUUUUUCCCCCCCUACAACUCAAAGCGAGUCCAUGAAAAGACCAACACACAAACUUCUCCUUCCCUCAUUGUAAAGGAAGAAGUGAAAUAAUGCAUGUAAAGAAGGGGGAUGUGAUUCAGGAACUAAAAAGUGGAACAGAUUGUCCGAGACACGAUGUUGUUUGUAAUCGUUUGCCAGAGAACAGGGACGCUGAGAGGGAAUGUUAUCAACCUUGUUAUGUACCAAACAUGUCAGUCAUUUUCAUUUCACAGACUGGAGAAGGACAUCUUCUUUUCCCAGAAGGAAACCUAUAAAAAGGAGGACGUAUUAGUCCUACUAUGGAAAUUCUUGAUGGUAUUAAUCCUACUUACCAUUAUGUAUUCUCUUAAACACUACAGCUUUUGUUUGGAUGUUUUCUGAAGCUGUUUUUGUAAGUAAGUAAACCAGAAAGACCAAACAGUGUUUUUCAUCUCACGCCCUAGUGUGUGUUGACUAAUAGUUGACUAUUAUGUGUAUUGACUAAUUGACUAUUGGCUUACAUUUAUAAAACCACUUAUUAAAGGUCAUGAAGUGUUAAUAUUAAUGUCACAUCACCCCCCACCCACCCACCGACACUAUCUGCUCAUGCAGAAACCAACAGAGGAAACCACACUGGAGUUGGUGGAGGUACUGUAAAGGUUCACCAUUCACUUCUGUCUCCCUAUCUGCAGUAACAAACUCAUAUGGUAGAGUCAGCCCCUGCAACUCUGCUGUAGUCUGUUGACUCUGUGCGGUUUACCAAGGGGGGAAAGUUUGUAAACAACAACCCGAGGCCACGUUUCGGUUGAGCUGAGUCAAGCUGUGAA